CAAGACCCUGCCUUGCCUUCCCGCCCCUACGUGAUCGGCCUGACUGGAGGAACCGGGAGUGGGAAAACUUCCAUUGCCAAGCUCCUGGGGCACCUGGGAGCGUUCCUCAUCGACGCUGACAAGCUGGGCCACGCCGUCUAUGUCCCUGGUGGCCCUGCCUACGAGCGGGUGGUGGCGGCCUUUGGGGCAGAAAUCUUGAAUGAAGAUGGGACAAUUAACAGGAAAGUCCUUGGGGCCAAGGUGUUUGGAAACCAGGAGCGGCUGAAGAGUCUCACGGACAUUGUGUGGCCUGAGAUGGCCCGGAUGGUCAAGGAGCAGAUUGGGGAGGCAGAUGCUCAAGGAAAGGCCGUGUGCGUGCUGGACGCUGCCGUGCUGCUGGAGGCUGGCUGGCAGGACAUGGUCCACGAGGUGUGGACGGCCAUCAUCCCGCAGGAGGAGGUGGGCGAUCUCAUCAUGGCCGGGGAUGGGCGGAGCGAGGAGGCUGCUCGCAGGCGGCUGCAGAGCCAGAUGAGCAACGGCCAAAGGGUGGAGCAGUCGCAGGUGGUGCUGUGCACGCUCUGGGAGCCGGACGUCACCCGCAAGCAGGUGGAGAAGGCCUGGGACCUC